CCCCUGUAAAGCCGAUCAAGAAUAACCCGUGGAUGCCUUCUUCUGAUUCCAUCGGCGAUGAUGAUGAGAAUUAAAAGCAUGAUUGCAAAGCGUCCAGGCUCUUCGCUUGAUACCAAAGACCGGCUUGGCAAGGUGCGGACAAAAAGAGAGAGAAAAGCCCGAAAUCAGAGAGAACUCACCAUGAGACGAUGGGUGAUCUUCAUGAUGGUAGGUAGUCGUCAAUGCUGGACGAUGGCCCUUUAUAUAACUUUCAAAGAGGCUAUGAGGAAGAGAUUUCUAGUCAGGUGGAUAGAAUCACAGCCGCGGAGUACAGCUAGGACUUCCUGUCUUGUGUAGUUCGCAUCCGAUAUACGGUCCAGAAGGCUUGAUA